AACUAGCAAAAUUAGAAAGAUACGUAGUUCCCCCUUGCAGAGAGAGGGAGGAAGAACUGCAACUGCCAAGAGUCCAUUAACAUUCACUCCCAUCUGACAGAUGACAAUGUGAAGAUGUCCGAGUAAGUGGAGUGGAGUGGAGCACAAGCGAUGGCUGGGUCCUCCUUGAUUACGAGUAGCUUCAUGGCUUCAAGGAGUUUGUGGAGAAUUUCGUCCUGGUGUGCGUCUCCAUCGUGUGAAGUCUUGUACUUCAGUCCGUAUGGAAUCGUCCGCGAGUGGUCCUCGCCUUCGAGGAGUUCUGCCUCGAUCAAUCGGCGAGAGGAUUGGUAUCAUACAGAGCUGAGCAGAAGACUAACUGCAAACCAGACGCACUCUGAAAAUUCAUGCCGAAUUUCAUGGAGCCAAAGGCCGGCGAGAUGCACGAGAUCAAUGGUAAACGCUAGAGCAGCUACCAGGUCUUCCGUGAUUGAGAAGUCUGACAAUGCUGUAUCGUUGAAGUCCCGCCUCCUCAAGGGAGAAAAACUGUACGGGGCAUUCUCGUUGAGUUUCUCCAAUGUGGUCGCUGAAAUUCUGGGCUGGGCAGGCUACGACUUCGUCGUUGUGGACAUGGAGCACGGCCCUGGAGAGACUUUUGCUGCCCUGCCUGUCCUGCAGGCCCUAGCAGCCACCAACACUCCUGCUGUACUCCGCCUCCCUGUGAACGAUCCCGUGCUGGUCAAGAAGGCUCUGGAUUUGGGACCAGCAGGUAUCAUGUUCCCCAUGAUAGAGAACGCCGACGACGCCAGACGAGCAGUCGCUGCAUGCCGCUAUCCUCCUCUGGGAAUUCGAGGAGCUGCCCACCCUCUCGUAAGGGCAUCUCGCUACGGGCUCGAUGCUUGCUACCUCGACAACUGCGAGCAGGACCUUCUCGUCCUGUGCCAGGUUGAGACGGAGGCCGCUGUCCAUCGAAUUCCAGAAAUUGCAGUAGUGGAAGGUGUGGACUGCAUCCAAAUGGGACCCCUGGAUCUGAAAGCGAGCAUUGGUCUUCUUCACCAGCCAGGUGACCCGGCAGGUCUGGCUUUGCUGAAGAGAGCAGAGACUGCAGUCUUUUCGUGUGAGAGAAAGGUGUUGCUUGCGGGCUUCUCCAAUCCAGAGAGCUCUGGCGAGCAGUUGUUUGAAAGGGGAUACGACAUGGUUUCUGGUGCCGUGGACGUGGCUCUACUCCGAGAUGCAGCUGUGGCUGAUCUGAAGAAAAACAAACCGAUCAAAAGAGGAUAACACCUUUUCGUUUUGUUGGAGUCAAGCAAGGCAUCGCACCUUCUUAGCUUUUGGGAACUGACGACCAUUUUCCUUUCAUCACGAAAGUGAACCUGAAAAAUGUCCAUACAUUGUUUGAAGAAGCUCGACAAAACCUGAAAAGAAGAGGCCUGACUCACCUUCGUACAUCCGUCAGAGAUUCGCAAACAAUCCCAGCAUGCCACUCAGAAGUAGAUGCAGACAUGGCUCUGGCUAUACCGGCCAUGCAUGUAUGAUUCUGAGCAGUUUUCCCUGCGGGAAGCAAUGCCCAUGUAGGAUACAUUGUUACGCUGAGAGUUCACACCGAAAGAUGAAUGCUGAAUGUGAGUUAAAUCUUCAGCAUGUUUUCCCAACGCAAGACUUGAUGAAUACGAUCGGUUAAUCGAAGACUUGAAAGUGGAAACUGAAGAAUGAAAGUUUCAGUGUGCAAUCAAGGUAGCUGUUAGUAAUAGGAAUCUGUUAUCAGUCUUCUCUUUGCCAUAAUUGUUAAGCUUAUGGCAGAGGAGGCUCGUAUCAUAGUCUAGCGGCACUAAGACGCUUCCUCAGUAGGACCUAAUUCAUUCCCUGGAUAAGAUCCGCAUGAACCAGUCUAUAAUGAAAAUCUGUGAAAGCUCAGGCCGGGCCUCGAGCUCAGAUGGAUGUUCGUGUAAGUCCCGAUAUUGUGUCAUGUGACAGCAU